AUGGGAAACUCAAAAACCAAGAAGGUGACGGACACCAACGACAACCCGCCGGUCUUCUCGGCCGCCGCCUACUCGUUCGACGUGCCGGAGGACGCGGCGCGCGGCGCCGAGGCGGGGCGCGUGGAGGCGCGGGACCUGGACCAGGGCGUCAACGGCCACGUCACCUACACCGUCAUCUCGGACUGGGGCAACGACGUGUUCUCGCUGAACCCGCAGUCGGGCGCCUUCUCGCUGGCCGCGCGCCUCGACUACGAGGAGGUGCAGCACUACAUCUUCGUGGUGCAGGCGCAGGACUCGGGCCGCCCCAGCCUCUCCUCCACCGCCACGGUCUACUUCAACGUGGUGGACCUGAACGACAACGCGCCGCUCUUCGACCCCAUGAGCUACAGCGACGAGGUGCUGGAGAACGUGACCGCGGGCAGCGCCGUGCUGGCCGUCAGCGCCACGGACCUCGACUCAGGCUUCAACGGGCGGAUCGAGUACAGCAUCGCGGCGGGCGACGAGCAGGGGAACUUCGGCAUCGCGCCCAACGGCACUGUGUUCACGGCGCGCGCGCUGGACCGCGAGACCUCGUCGCUGCACAACCUGGUGGUGAUGGCGCGCGACCAGGCGCGCCCGCCGCAGACCCCGCUGUCCGCCACUGUGCAGGUGACGAUCGUGGUGCGCGACGUGAACGACAACUCGCCCGAGUUCGUGUCGCCGAACCGCACGGCCGUGGCGGAGAACACGCCCGCCAACACGGUGGUGAUGGUGGUGAAGGCGACGGACCGCGACGAGGGCCGCAACAGCUACGUGGAGUACUCGCUGGCGCCCGACCCCAUGUUCUCGCUGGGGCCCGCCGACGGGCUGCUGCGGGUCACCGGGCGGCUGGACCGCGAGUCCCGCUCCAGCUACACGCUGUGGGUGACGGCGAAGGACCGCGGCUCCCCGCCGCGCGUCACCCGCCUCGCGGUGCUCGUCGUCGUCACCGACGAGAACGACAACAGCCCCGUGUUCGACCCGCGCCAGUACAGCGCCUCCGUGCCGGAGAACGCCAGCAUCGGCGCCAGCGUGCUGCAGGUGUCGGCGACGGACGUGGACGAGGGCGCCAACGGGCGGCUGCGCUACUCCAUCGCCGCGGGGGACGACAACCGCGACUUCAGCAUCGGCGAGGACACGGGCGUGCUGCGCGUGGCCAAGAACCUGGACUUCGAGCGGCGCGCGCGCUACGUGCUGACGGUGCGCGCGCAGGACCGCGCCGGCGCCGCGGCCGACGACGACGACUCCUCCGUCUCCUCGGCGCCGCGCUUCGACGUCGCCACCGUCGCCGUGCAGGUGUCGGACGUGAACGACAACCCGCCGGUGUUCCUGGACUCGCCCUACCUGGCGCACGUGGUGGAGGGGGUGGUGCCGCCGCGGGUGUGCCGCGUGCGCGCGCACGACGCCGACUCGCCGCCGCACAACGACCAGGUGCGCUACUUCCUGAAGGAGGGCGGCGCCGACCUGUUCCGCGUGGACGCCGCCACGGGCGACAUCAGCCUGCAGCGCGCGCUGGACCGCGAGCAGCGCGCUGAGUACCUGCUGUCCGUCGUCGCCAUGGACACCGGCUCGCCGCCGCUGACGGGCUCCGGCACGGUGCGCGUGGUGGUGCAGGACGUGAACGACCACAGCCCGCAGUUCGAGCGCCAGUCCUACUCGGCCAGCGCGCUGACAGAGUGCCGGCGUGUGUCCGCAGGCUCGCCGCCGCUGACGGGCUCCGGCACGGUGCGCGUGGUGGUGCAGGACGUGAACGACCACAGCCCGCAGUUCGAGCGCCAGUCCUACUCGGCCACCGCGCUGACAGAGUGCCGGCGUGUGUCCGCAGGCUCGCCGCCGCUGACGGGCUCCGGCACGGUGCGCGUGGUGGUGCAGGACGUGAACGACCACAGCCCGCAGUUCGAGCGCCAGUCCUACUCGGCCAGCGCGCUGACAGAGUGCCGGCGUGUGUCCGCAGGCUCGCCGCCGCUGACGGGCUCCGGCACGGUGCGCGUGGUGGUGCAGGACGUGAACGACCACAGCCCGCAGUUCGAGCGCCAGUCCUACUCGGCCAGCGCGCUGACAGAGUGCCGGCGUGUGUCCGCAGGCUCGCCGCCGCUGACGGGCUCCGGCACGGUGCGCGUGGUGGUGCAGGACGUGAACGACCACAGCCCGCAGUUCGAGCGCCAGUCGUACUCGGCCAGCGCGCUGACAGAGUGCCGGCGUGUGUCCGCAGGCUCGCCGCCGCUGACGGGCUCCGGCACGGUGCGCGUGGUGGUGCAGGACGUGAACGACCACAGCCCGCAGUUCGAGCGCCAGUCCUACUCGGCCAGCGCGCUGACAGAGUGCCGGCGUGUGUCCGCAGGCUCGCCGCCGCUGACGGGCUCCGGCACGGUGCGCGUGGUGGUGCAGGACGUGAACGACCACAGCCCGCAGUUCGAGCGCCAGUCCUACUCGGCCACCGCGCUGACAGAGUGCCGGCGUGUGUCCGCAGGCUCGCCGCCGCUGACGGGCUCCGGCACGGUGCGCGUGGUGGUGCAGGACGUGAACGACCACAGCCCGCAGUUCGAGCGCCAGUCCUACUCGGCCAGCGCGCUGACAGAGUGCCGGCGUGUGUCCGCAGGCUCGCCGCCGCUGACGGGCUCCGGCACGGUGCGCGUGGUGGUGCAGGACGUGAACGACCACAGCCCGCAGUUCGAGUGCCAGUCGUACUCGGCCAGCGUGCCGGAGAACCUGCCCGCCGGCAGCCCCGUGCUGCGCCCCGUCGCCUCGGACCGCGACGAGGGGCUCAACGCCCGGAUCAGGUACAGCCUGCUGGGGGAGAACGCGGACAGGUUCGCCGUGGACCCGGACUCGGGGCUGGUGACGACGGCGGCCCCACUGGACCGGGAGCGCGCCGCCCGCUACCACCUGACGCUCGUGGCGCGCGACUCCAGCGAGGCUGAGCCCCGGGCAUCCGCCGUCAACCUCACCGUGCUGGUGCUGGACGACAACGACAACUCGCCGAGCUUCUCCGCCGAGCGCUACGCCGUGCACGUGCCGGACCGCACCCAGCCCGGUCAAUUCGUGUUCGGGGCGAAAGCAGUGGACGCGGACAUCGAUGACAACAGCCGCAUCGUGUUCUCCUUGGCGGGAGCCGACGAGGCCAAGUUCACCAUCGACGAGAAGACUGGCGUCAUCAAGGCCGCGAAGGAGCUGCGGGGGGAGAGACCUUUCAGGCUGCAGGUGAAGGCGACGGACAGCGGCGCGGAGCCGCGCGCAGCCCUGGCGCUGCUGGACGUGUACCUGCGGCCGGGCGAGCUGUUCCCCACCGUGUCGGCGCCGCAGAAGCUGUUCACGCUGCCCGAGGACGCGGCGGCGGGCCAGACGCUCACGCAGCUGUCGGCCAGCUCGCCCAAGGCCGGGCCCACGGGCAGGGUGCGGUUCCGCGUGGCGGGCGGCAACGCCGGGGACGCGCUGCGCGUGGACCCGCUGACGGGCGAGGUGCUGGUGGCCGGCGCGGGGCUGGACUACGAGGCGGCGCGGCGCUACGUCGUGUGGGCCGAGGCGCGCGACUCGGACAUCCCGCCGCUGGGCAGCGUGCUGCAGCUCGUCAUCGACGUCACCGACGCCAACGACAACGCGCCCGUGCUGGACAGCUCGCUGUACAACGCCACCAUCAUGGAGGAGGAGAGCCCGCCGCAGACCGUGAUAACCAUCCGGGCGACGGACCCCGACUCGGGCGUGAACGGCGAGGUGACCUACCGCCUGGUGAGCGACGAGGAGGGCACCUUCGAGAUGGACGAGCGCAGCGGCCAGAUCUCGACGGCGGCGCGCCUGGACCGCGAGACGACGGACGGCUACCGGCUGGUGGUGGAGGCCGUGGACGGGGGCUCGCCGCGGCUCACGGGCUCGGCCACGGUGCUGGUGACGGUGCUGGACAGGAACGACAACCCGCCGCGCUUCACGCGCCUCUUCAGCGUCAACGUGACGGAGAACUCCGAGCCGGGGGCCUUCGUGAUCCAGGUGACCAGCUCGGACCUGGACGAGGGGGAGAACGCCAACGCCUCGUACAUCCUGGCGGACAACCCCGGCGGCAAGUUCGUCAUCGACCCCUUGACGGGCAACGUGACUGUGGCCGGCCCGCUGGACCGGGAGAUGCAGGACGAGUAUCUGCUCAAGGUGGCAGCGGUUGACGGGUCAUGGCGGGCGGAGACACCGCUCACCAUCACGAUCAUGGACCAGAACGACAAUGCGCCGGAGUUUGAGCGGGCGAGCUACAGCUUCAACUUCCCGGAGCUGCAGCACCGCGCAGUGUUCGUGGGGCAGGUGGCAGCCACGGACCGCGACAAGCAGGGCCCCAACUCCAUCAUCUCGUACUCGCUCAAGCACCCGUCUGACCUCUUCACCGUGGACCCGGCCAGCGGCGAGCUCUUCUCCAAGAGGAGUCUCAGGUACAAGCACACGGCCCUGGAGUCAUCGCCCGAGAACCAGUACAUCCUGACCGUGAUGGCAACGGACAACGGCAAGCCUCCCAUGUCGUCGGAAUGCCUGGUGACCAUCAACGUGGUGGACGCCAACAACAACCCUCCGCAGUUCGAGCGAAGGGACUACUUCAGCCCCGUGCCGGAGGAGGCGAGCGUCGGUCUGCAGGUCGUCAAGAUGCUGGCUCGGGACGACAAGGACUUCGGGGUGAACGCGGAGAUAGAGUACCUGAAGACGGGCGGCAACGGGUCGGAGCUGUUCGACGUGGGCAGGACCUCCGGGUGGAUCACCGUGGCCCAGCCGCUCGCGGGCAGGCUGCUCCAGUACCACACCCUGAACGUGAGAGCCAUCGACAAGGGAGUGCCGCCGAGACACGACGAUGUGGCCGUCACCUUGGUGGUCACCGGGGAGAACAAGUUCACCCCCGUGUUCACGGCGCUCAGCUACCAAGUGAUAGUCCCGGAGAACGAGCCCGUCGGAUCGCCGAUACUCACGGUCGCAGCGUCCGACGACGACGAGGGUCCCAACGGGAUGGUCCGCUACAGCAUCUCCAGCGGCAAUGAGAGGUACGAGUUCAGCGUGGAGGCUGCGAGCGGGGCGGUGAUCAUCGGCAAGCCUCUGGACUACGACACGGUGCAAGAGUACCGGCUCAACAUCACGGCGAGAGACUUGGGCUUCGAGUCCCACGAGGCGACUGCCACGCUGACCAUCACGCUGACGGACAUCAACGACAAUGCCCCGGUGUUCAACCAGACGUCGUACGAUGCGUUUCUUCCUGAAAACAUGCCUCCUAAGUCAUUUGUUUAUCGCCUGCAGGCUCACGAUGCCGACUCGCCAAAAAAUGCCAUCAUUCAAUACUCCAUCAUCGGGGGCUCUGGGAAGGACGUCUUCAGUAUUGAACCUAAGACUGGAGAAAUUCUAUCAAAGGACAGUUUUGAUUUUGAGGAAAAGAACUUGUACCUAUUAGAUAUACUCGCUGCCAACCCUGAUUCGCCCAUGUUUGGCUCGACCAAGGUACAAGUGCACAUCACCGGGAGGAACGAAUUCUAUCCCCACUUCAUGCAGCCAGUUUUUCAUUAUGAUGUUUCUGAGUCUGCAGAAGUUGGCACCAGCAUCGGCAUGAUACAGGCCACCGACCAAGAUGCCGGAGAAGAUGGGAAGGUUUACUACCUGUUUGUUGGUUCAAGCAACGACAGAGGAUUUACCAUCAAGUCAGAUACUGGAGAAAUUAGGGUGGCCCGCCACUUGGAUCGUGAGACGCAGAGCAGAGUGGUGCUAACAGUCAUGGCGAAGAACGCUGGAGGAAUACGUGGCAAUGACACGGACGAAGCACAAGUGAUAGUUACCGUGCAGGAUGGCAACGACCCUCCAGAGUUUCUCCAGGCCGAAUAUGAUGGAGAGGUGUCCGAAGGUGCGGCUGCUGGCACACAAAUAGUGCAAGUAAAGGCGGUUGACAAAGAUGUGAGGCCUCAAAACAAUCAGUUUUCCUAUUCCAUCAUCGGAGGAAACAUUGGGCAUGUUUUCAAAGUGGAUCCCCAAACAGGAGAGGUCGAAACCACUUCGAGGCUGGACAGGGAAACAUCUGCAGAGUACCUGCUGACUGUCGGAGCCAUAGACACUGGAACACCUCCUCAAACCGGCACCACAAUGGUACGGAUAUCGGUUUCCGACAUCAACGACAAUGGUCCCGUCUUAGAUCCUCUGAUCACGGUGGGCUACGUGUCAGAGAACGAACCCCCUGGUACGAGCAUCAUCACGCUGGCCGCAACAGACCCUGACUUGCCUCCAAACGGUGCCCCCUUCACCUUCCAGUUGGCCGGAGGAAGGCAUCUCGACAUGGUCUCCGUGGAGAAGCAUACUGGGGUUGUGAAGACAACCAAGAUUCUCGACAGAGAGCAAACACCCAAACUGGAAAUAAUGGUUGAAAUAGAGGACAGUGGUCAGCCGAGGAUGAGGUCGCAGCAUCCCGUCUCCAUCGUUGUGCUGGACCAGAAUGAUAGCCCUUCCACUCCGCGCUCCGUCCACGUCAUCGUCAACACCUUCAACAACGUCUCGCCUCUGGGCAGGAUCGCGGAUGUGCACCCCAACGACCCGGACACAACCGGGGACUACCACUGCCGCCUGGUGGGCUCCAUCCCCCCUCGCGGCGCGCCCCUCGCCAUCCCCAGCGGCUGCCACCUGCACACCUCCAAGGUCGUGCCGGGGGCCAGCUACUCGCUCAGCGUGUCCGGGAACGACGGUCGCCACGCAGACGUCGUCUCCUCCGUCACCGUGGAGUACGUGCCCUUCGACAACUCCACCGUCCAGAACAGCAUCACCCUGCGGAUCGAGAACAUGACCGCUUCCAAGUUCCUGGCGCUCUUCUUCAAGGGCUUCGUGGACAUCCUGAAGUCGGCGUUCGCGUCGGGCGACGCGCCGCACCUCUACGCCCUCCACGAGGUCAAGAAGGGGCUGGAGCUGAGCGUCGCGGUGAAGGGUGCGAAAGGGUACGAGAAGCAAGCCCGAGUGAGCGAUGCCAUCGCCAAGAAAAGGUCCUCCUUGCAAGAGAUGCUCCAGCCGUCGGCGGUCGUGGUGGGGUACUCGCCGUGCCAGCAGGCGGAUGCGUGCGACAACGGCGGCUACUGCACGGAAGGAAUCAGGGUUCACGCGGACGAGACCACGGUGACGGACAGCGAAGCUGUCGUGUUCACGUCGCCGCUGGUGAGCCACGACUUCUCGUGCCGGUGCGCGGAGGGCUUCACGGGCAAGCGCUGCGACCGGCGCCAGGACCCCUGCUCCCCGGACCCCUGUCUGCACGGCGCGACGUGCCGCCGGCUGGGCCACGACUUCCAGUGCGCGUGCCCCCCGCUCAGGGAGGGCCGGCUGUGCGAGACGGAGCGGGGCGACGUCUGCGACGGGAGCCCCUGCCAGAACGGGGGGUCCUGCCGGGAGAGCCCGGAUGGCUCCAGCUUCUUCUGCCUGUGCCGGCCCGGCUACCGGGGCAACCGGUGCGAGGCGGCGGCCGACUCCUGCCGCCCGAACCCCUGCAUGCACGGCGGGCUCUGCGUCAGCCUGAAGCCCGGCUACAAGUGCAGCUGCCCCGAGGCUCGGUACGGGCGCCACUGCGAGCGCUCCACCUUCGGCUUCCGGCCGCUCUCCUUCAUGGCGUUCCCGCCGCUGGACCCCGCCACCAACGACGUCUCCGUGGUGUUCUCCACCACCAAGCCGGACGCGCUGCUCGUCUACAACUUCGGGCACCAGACAGGCGGGAGGUCGGACUUCGUGGCGGUGCAGCUGGUGGCGGGCCGGGCCAUGUUCUCGUACGGAGGCGCUCGGACCGCUAUCACGGCGGUGACGGUGGCGAGCCGCAGCCUGAGCGACGGCGAGUGGCACAAGGUGACCGCCACCCGGAACGGCAGAGUGGUGUCGCUGAGCGUGUCCAACUGCACGGACAGCGGAGACGUGUGCCAGGAGUGCCGACCUGGGGACAACACCUGCUACGCUGAUGACGUGGGACCAGCGGGCACGCUCAACUUCAACAACCAGCCGAUGUACGUGGGGGGCGUGCCCUCGGCCAACCCGGUGCUGGAGCGGCCGGGCCAGGUGAGCUCGGACGACCUGGUGGGCUGCGUGCACGGCGUGUCGGUGAACGGCCGCGCCCUGAACCUCAGCGCGCCGCUGCAGUCGCGCGACGUGGACCCCACGUGCGGGCGGGCGCGGGGGGGUCCCUGCAGGGCCCGGGCCCCGUGCGGGGGCGACUGCCUGGACCGCUGGGGGCACGCCGAGUGCUCCUGCGGCCCGCUGCUGGCCCCCGACUGCGACCGCGCGCUCGGGCCGGUGCACGUGGGGCCCGGCGGGGGCUUCGCAGAGUUCCCCGUCUCGGAGCAGCACCGCCGCAUGCAGCUGCUGGAGGCCGUGUACCGGGGCUCCAGCCGCUGGGAGCGGGAGCCGGGCGUCCCCGGGGGCUCGCCGGCGCCCAAGAGCCUCGGCGUCACCUUCCGGACCUGGCGGCCCGACGGCCUGCUGCUGUACAGCGCCACCCACAAGGACUACACCUCCGUGGAGCUGCGCGGCGGCCGCCUGGUGUACGUGUCGCGGCUGGGCGCGGCGCGCUCACCCGUCAACAUGACGGCAGGCGGCGGGGAGGACGAGGGGGGACCCGGCCUGGCGGACGGCCGCUGGCACAACGUGACGCUGCACGCCCACCCGGCGCGCGGCGUGCGGCUGCUGGUGGACGGGGCGCGGGUCGGUGACGAGCUGGAGCUGGCCGGCGUGCACGACUUCCUGGACGCCUACCUCACGGCGCUGAGCGCGGGCGGCGCGCGGCCGGGGCUGCCCGGCGCCCUCCCCGCGUCGGACUUCGAGGGCUGCCUCGCCAACUUCAGCGUGAACUACGAGAUCCAGCCGUUCAACGGCUCGGGCAGCAUCUUCCCGACGGUGAUCCUGCACGGAGCAGUGUCGCCAGGGUGCGUCGGCCCGGCCGGCGUGGGGACGGCAGCCGCCCGCGACCCGCUGAGCAUCGGCAUCACGCUGGUCAUCGUGUUCUUCGUGAUCCUGCUGGUCGGCAUCCUGGUGAGCUUCGUGGUGUUCCGCCUGCGCCGCCAGAACCGGGAGAAGAAGGGCGGUGGCCCGGGGCACACCAAGCAGAACGGGGGCGCCGCGCUGGGCGCCGGCGGGGAGGGGGGCGUGCUGGGCCGGGCGCUGCACGCCGAGGGGGGCAACGUGGGCGGCUUCCUCCCGGACAACGGGGAUGUGAUGAGGAGCGUGGGCGGGGGGCACCACCUGGUGGGGCCCGAGCUCAUCUCCAAGAAGUACAAGGAGAGGGAGAUAGUCGCGGCGGAGCCCCGGCCGCAGAGGCCCGACAUCAUCGAGCGAGAGGUAGUGAACAAGUCCAUGCAGAUGCGCGAGGAGCACCACCCGCCCCUGCCGCCGCCCGCCCAGCCGUCGCAGGGCGCCGCCGACCUGGAGGUGCCCGAGCACUACGACCUGGAGAACGCCAGCUCCAUCGCCCCGUCCGACAUCGACAUAGUGUUCCACUACAAGGGGUACCGCGAGGGUGGCAACGUGAGGAAGUACAAGGCGGCGCCACCCCACCUGCCCCCGCCCAACACGGGCUACCACCACAAGCACCAGGGGGCGCAGCAGUCGCAGCACCGCCACUCCCCUCACGGCUACAGCCCGCGCACGGUGGUGCCGCCCCCGCCCGUCAACAGGGUGGACUCCCCCUCCGCGGCCGCCAACGCCGCCGCGUCCAACGGCAAGCUGGCACUGCAGCACCAGAGCACGCCCCUGGCGCGGCUCAGCCCCAGCAGCGAGCUGUCCUCCCAGCAGGCCCCGCGCAUCCUCACGCUGCAGGACAUCAGCGGCAAGCCCCUGCAGUCGGCGCUGCUGGCCACCACGUCCUCGUCGGGCGGCGUGGGCAAGGACGCCCUGCGCAGCAACAGCGAGCGCAGCCUCAACAGCCCCGUCAUGAGCCAGCUGUCGGGCCGCAGCAGCUCCGCGGGCGGCAAGAGCCCCGGCGACGCCACCGCCCCGCCCAUGGGCCUCACCGCCGAGGAGAUAGAGAGGCUCAACUCGCGGCCGCGCACCUCCAGCCUCGUCAGCACGCUCGACGCAGUGUCCAGCUCCAGCGAGGCCCCUCGCGCCCGAGGGCGGCUCCUGGAGCCGGGCGGGGGAGCUCCCGCCCCCCUCCACCACCGCGUCGACCUGCCGGACGCUCGCCUCGACCGCGACUCCUCCACCACCACGGACGAGAGCGGCAACGACUCCUUCACCUGCUCCGAGUUCGAGUACGACAACACGGACAAGCGGGGCGACGACACGGACCGAGGCGUGGACACUUCGGGCGGUGGCGGCAAGCCUCCCCUCCCCCCGGUGCCCGUGGCGUACGACGGCUUCGACUCCUCCUUCCGCGGCUCUCUGAGCACCCUGGUGGCGUCCGACGACGAUCUCUCCACGCACAUGGGCGCUCCGCUCUACAGGCCUCACAACGGCUCUCCCUCGUCGACCGCGGCGCUGGGGUGGGACUACCUCCUGAACUGGGGACCCAACUUCGAGUCCCUCGUGGGGGUGUUCAAAGACAUCGCCGAACUACCGGACAGCGUGAAUCCCCGAGGGGCCGGCUCCUUGAGGCUGACCAACAGUGCGCCCAAACCUUCCGAAGAAUACGUGUAACUAGAACGUUUUCACAUUCGAAUAGUUGCAUUGUUUUCCUUCCUCCCCGAAAAUGCCAUAUAUAAUAGUAAGAAUCCUUUGUGUACAUACAUCUUGUAAGAUACUAUCAUUUUGUAAACCUAAUUGUACUUUUAUAAAUAUGUAUGUAUAAACGAUUAAGUCCCUACCAUCAGUUGGUAUACUUAUUUCCUUGCAUCAAGGCAACUUGUCAAUCUUAGGGAUAUUAGAUUAUUUGAUACUAUCUUUUAUACAUUUGUGAGAUAACGAUUGAAAAUAUGUGAAACAAAUAUUUUUAAAUUCUUACCGUCUUACACUCUGAUUCAUCAUGGCUUGUACUGACAUCUAGCAAAUUGGCACAAAAUAAUUUUAAAUUGUCAUUCUUAACUUGUGUGUUAGUACUGCAGCAUGUAAAUAUGUAUGUCAGUUUGUGCAAUUGUUAAAUGUCAUUGUAAUUAAAAGUGUGAAUAAUGUUGCAGGAAUGAUGUUUUAUAACUCUGAUGAAAAUUAAACAAAAAAGACAAUUUUUAUUUUAGCCAUAACUAGUGCCAAAUUGA